AAACAGUUCUCUAUGUACUUGUAUAACACGCAUUGCAAUCUGUACAUUGCUCUGGUUCAAUCAAUUUUAAGUCUGGUAAAAGCACUUUCCUUACUUUUCUCAUAUACAAAUAAAAGUGAGAGAGACAAUCUAAUAGCCUUUAGCCUCCUUCCAUUUUUGAUCUCAUCAGUUUUCACGCCAUGGAUUCCGGUAACAGUGGCAGCUUGCAAUCAUCUAGCGGCUGUGGCGACGGCGGAGUAGGUGGUGGUGGUUGUGAUGAGGUGUAUGAUUCAAGGACGGAAUCUAUGUUUUUAAAUCCUCCUCCUACACAGUUUAACCACAUGCCGAUGUUUCAACAACCACCGCCAUCAUCAUCGUCGUCGUCGCACCACCAACCACAACCACCGUCCACCUUCUUUGAUCCGUCGUCCUUUUCACAACCCUUAAACCCAAACACUAAUCCGAUGUACAAUCUUGAUUCUCUCUGGUCCAGAAACCAGAAUUCGAUGUAUAAUCUUGAUUCUCAGCAAGAUCCGUAUCUUAAUCCGACACCGGUGGAUGAUAAUAUAAACCCGGAUACUGAACCUGAAAAAGUAGGUCAUGUAACAACGAAGAACCCCAAGAAGCGUACACGAGCUUCCCGACGAGCACCCACCACCGUACUCACCACCGACACCACUAAUUUCCGACAAAUGGUUCAAGAAUUCACCGGUAUCCCCGCCGCCCCUUUCUCCACCUCCUCCUCGUCGUCUCCUUUUUCUCGCCGGCUCGAUCUUUACGGUGGUGGACUUGCGCCGUUGAAUCCUAUACGGCCGUCGGCGCAGAAAAUUCAGCUACAACAACAGCCUACAUAUUUGAAUUCCACAACUGCAACGACGAGUAAUUUCCAAUUACCCCCUGCUGAAACUCACCUGUUUACAAAACAACCCUUGAAUUUAUCAAAUUUGCAAAGGCAGAUGUUUCAAUUUCAAUCUCUUUCACAAACAAGGCUUCCUCAGCAAAGCAGUGUAAUAGAAGGUGAGAAUCAUCGAUCGGAACCACCAAAUGCCUUUGAAAGUUCCUCUUCGACGUCGUUGAAAAGAUGGAGGGGUCAAGAAGAAACUUUGAUGAAUCUUGAGGGGGGAAGGGGAAAUGAUCAGAACGCUGUCGUUUCAUCAAGAAGUGAUGGUGAUCAACUCCCAGAUGGAGAUAUACCCUAAUGUGAAAGAUGGAAGAGAUCUUGAGGAUCGUGAGUCAAAUCGGGAACUCAACCAUCAAGAUCCGAUUUUUAAAUGAAAUAUAUUGGUGGUAUUGGCAUGGUUGGUGGUGGCGACGGUUAAUAGUAGCGUAUGGUAAUUGGCAGUGUUGAUGUUGCUUGUGGUGGUAGAGUAAGGAUAUGUUCUAUUUCUCAUUCAUCUUCUUCGUUGAUUUCAGAUAAGUUAUCAUCUUUUAUUAUCCAUGUAUAUGUUUUCCUUCUGAUGUUUGUUUAUGAAAUAUGAGAUAAUUUAUGUAUGUAUUAAACUAUGAAUGAAUGGGCUCUUUAAUACACU